AUAACUAUAUUAUAGUUAGUAUUUAUUUAAUUAAAUUUUUGUAGAAAAUUAAUGAUAUAGUAAGUCUUUUAAUAAGUUUGUUGGUUUAAUUUGAUGUUACACUUUUAUUUUGCUAUAGAUUUUAAGUAUUGUAAUUUAUAAUUAUAAUAAUAUAACAUGAUACAAUAGUACAUGAAAGCAAAUAUAUAUAGGAUAUCUUUUGUGGAAUUAAGUUAAAAUUUUCAAUAAUUGAAAAAUAUUUUUGUAUUAUUCAUAAUGAUAAUUCCAAUACGCUGUUUUACAUGUGGCAAAGUAAUAGCAAAUAAAUGGGAGAGUUAUUUAGGAUUACUUCAAGCUGAAUAUACUGAAGGUGAUGCAUUAGAUGCUCUUGGAUUGAAACGAUAUUGUUGUAGACGUAUGUUACUUGGUCAUGUUGAUCUAAUUGAAAAAUUGCUUAAUUACGCUCCUCUUGAAAAGUAAUCUAAAGUUAAAUCUAUAAAAUAUGAAUGUAAAGAUAAAAUUAAUUUCUUCAUUUUCAAAUGUAAUUUUUAUAAGUAAACAAAUAAACAUAUUUUUUUUUUAA